GCGAACAAAGAAUUGUGGCAAUUUUGCGACAAGUCCCAUCGCUAAAGGCGUGCUUAUUUUGUCGCACAACUGCGCCUAAUUGGUCAACAUGGCAGUUGACCGCCUUUUGUCACGCAUAGCAGAUAUGCGAGGCCUUUUAUAGACGCCUCAAGCCUAGGCGUGCCUUUGCGGCGCCUUUUGAGGCCUUUUAGAACACUGCCCUUGAGUCCUUCAUAAGUUUUCAUUCCACUUACGGAGAGAUUUUUAUUUCAGGGCCAACACUUUAUUUUAUUUCCUUCCUAGUUCUCCACUGAGCCAAACAAGUGGCCAAUUGGGCCUUAUUAUUCCAUUAGAUGCGGAAAAACAUAGCUGAUUACGAGAAGUAGAGAGACAUACAGAGAAAAUGCUACUGGGUACUGCUAGGCAUCCCUCUGCACCUUCAGUUCCAAACUUGCACUGUCUGCGACCAACAGUGUCAACUUUCUCUCCAUCUCAAUGGCAUUUUAACUUGAGGAAGGAGAAGAAACUCUCUGUGACUUGUGACUACUCCUGUUUCCAAAUAACCGAUGUCAGUUAUCGGCCUCCUGGGACAAAGGUCACCCUCUUGAAUCAAGUCAAUCUCUCUCUUCCCGAAAGAAGUUGUGGCUUGAUUAUUGGACGAAGUGGAAGCGGAAAGACUACUCUCUUGCAACUGAUUGCAGGAUUAAACAAACCAACAUCAGGUUCCAUUCAGAUUCAACAAUAUACUGAUGAUGGCCUGCCCUGUAAGUGUCCCGAACCAUUAAACCCUGGAAGGGUUGGCAUUGUUUUCCAAUUUCCAGAGAGAUACUUUGUUGGAGACAGUGUGCUUGAUGAAGUUACAUUUGGUUGGCCAAGACAAAGCGGCAACCUUCAUCUGAAGGAGCUUCUUGCUUCAAAGCUCCAAAAGGCCAUUACUUUGGUUGGUUUGACAGGAAUCUCUUUGGAUAAAGAUCCCAACUCAUUAAGCGGGGGCUACAAACGUCGACUUGCUUUAGCAAUUCAGUUAGUUGAGAAACCUGAUUUGUUGAUAUUAGAUGAGCCUCUUGCAGGCCUCGAUUGGAAGGCUCGUGCGGACAUUGUGAAGUUGCUGAAGAGUCUAAAGAAAGAGCUAACUUUACUCAUUGUCAGUCAUGAUCUCAAGGAAUUGGCACCUCUAGUUGAUCACUCUUGGAGGAUGGAAAUGGGGGGAUCCCUUAAAGUUGCAGAAACCCCUCUUCCCAUAUAAUGGUGAAUACAAAUUAUUGGUGUCAUACUCAAGAUUCAAGGGUUGAAUAUACAAGCAUGAUUCACCAUCGCCGAUACAAUUCCAACCACCACCACCGUUAUUGGCCAUCAGGCGACCGUUGUCACGGUCAAUCGCUGCCACCACAGUUCAUGUGGUCCUGAUAUGACAUGUGCGAUAUGGGAAAUAUGUCUUGAUAGCUGGAUGAAUCUUGCCGUUCUCUCCUCCCACAUAUUGCAUCAGUAUAAUGCACCCUCCAACAGUCCAACUAUGAUGAUUUCUACAAAAAAACUGAACCUUUUGUAAUAUCCUUUAAAUUUUCCGUUUGAUUUUGUCACAGUUAAAAAAACAAUUAUCCACAAAACUAAAAGAACUGAUAAAAAUCAAACAAUAUAAAAACAGCCAACAAUUAUUUGUGUAAAUAAGUUUUAUUUUAGUACGGAGUAAUAUUUUUGGG